UGUCAGCAGCAGGAAGUGGUGGAUGUAGCAGUGUCUGUUCGGAGAGUGAUGAUGUGAGUGUGCCUGUGUCUGCGGUCUCCUGUACAGCAGAGCUUCUUGUAGAGAGUGUAGCGGAGCGCGCCAUUGAACAGAACAGAGAGUGCAGUGUAGCCGGGUGUGACGGGGGUGUCUGAGGGCUGUAUAGAGGACACCUGACUGGACGUUCGGCUCGUGUGUGAGGGGGUGACUGUGUCCCUAGGUAAAGUUUAGAGAGGAGAGUGUUAAUGGCAGAUGUUAGCGGAGUGAAUGGAAGACUUGUGUACUAAGCACAGCUAUCUGUCCGGGUGUAUAGAGCGGAGUAGUUAUUUGUGUGUAGUCAGGUGUGAGGAGGACACAGGAUGUCUCUGAGGAACGAGUUGCUGAAGUCCGUGUGGUAUGCCUUCACUUCACUCGACACCGAGAAGAGCGGCAAAGUGUCCAAGUCCCAGCUGAAGGUAUUGUCCCAUAAUCUAUACACAGUACUAUGCAUUCCUCAUGAUCCUGUGGCACUGGAAGAUCAUUUUCGUGAUGAUGAUGACGGUCCGGUGUCCAGUCAGGGUUAUAUGCCAUAUUUGAAUCAAUACAUACUGGACAAGGUGGUAGAAGGCACAUUUGUAAAGGAGAGCUUUCAUGAGUUAUGUUGGACUCUAACAGCUAAAAAGAACUAUCGUCCAGCUGAAAAAGUGAUUUCCAAUAGAGAUGCUUUUUGCCUUUGGUGCCUUUUCAAUUACUUGUCGGAAGAUACAUACCCUCUAAUAAUGGUCAUUGAUGAGGUGCAGUACCUUCUGCAGAAGCUGCUCACAGCAGCCCGAUCAGAAAUGGGUGAGAUGGAGAUGGGGGAGAUGUUGUCCUCCCUAGGACAGGGAAUGUCUGUCUGGCAAUUCCUUGAUCUUGUUAUUUCACCAAAACUCCUUCGGGGUAUCAGCACGGAAACACUUAGUAUGGCAAUCCAAGAUCUGUAUGAAGAAAUAAUACAGGAUGCACUCAAGCAGGGGUACCUUUUAAAGAAGGCUAAUUUGAGAAGAACGUGGACUGAGCGUUGGUUUGUUCUAAAGCCUAGUGUUUUCAGCUACUAUGUGAGUGAGGAGUGUAAAGAAAAAAAGGGCACUAUUGCGAUAGACAAAGAUUGUGGAGUUGAGAUACUUCCUGACAGAGAUGGCCGUCGAUGUAUGUUCUGCAUUAAAACUCCCACAAAAACCCAUGAAAUGAGUGCAUCUGACACAAAGCAUCGGCAAGAAUGGGUGACAGCUAUCCAAACAGCUCUCCGUCUCCAGAAGUCCGGCUCUGUCUCUUUACACCGUGAGCUACAAAGUAGGCGUAGGGAGCAGAGGGAGCAACGGGAACAACGCAGGGUUGCACGAGAGCAAGAGUUGCAUCGAUUGGCAGAACUUCAGAGUGAAAGAGAGAGACAGCAAAAGGAAUUGGAGCAGCUGAGAGAGGCACAAAAAAAGGCAGAAGAAGCCAUGAUACAAGAACAGCACAGGCAAAGAGAACAGCAAGAAGAGAUGCAGCGACUGUUGUCAGGAAAGCUAAAAGAGGCAGAGGAGGCACGUGCUUCUAUGCAGGCAGAGAUGCAGCAGAAAGAGUUGGAGGCUUUGCGCCAGAGACAAAGGAUUCAGGAGCUGGAACAGCUGCAGGACCGUUUGCAGGAAGCUUUGGCUCAAGAAAUCAAAGCACAUCAAGAUGAAGAGGAGUACAGACAUGCACAGGCGAAAUUGCUUAUGCAAGAAGAGGACAAACUUCAAGCCCUUAUUAGAAUGCAGGAAGAACAGGCACAGUUUGUAGAGAUAGCACAAAGGGAAAAACAAGAGCUACAACAAGAAAUGGAGUCAAAGAACAAAGAACUAAAUGAGGCACAGAGACAGCUUGAAGAUGUAAGGGAAAACAGACAAAGAGCUGACAGAGAUGUACAGGUGGCACAAAAGAAACUUCACCAAGCCAGUACAAAUGUCCGACAUUGGAAUGUUCAGAUGAAUAGGUUAAUGCAUCCUAUAUCUCCUGGAGAAAAACGCACAGCCUCUGCUGGUAGAUUUCAAGGAUUAUGGGGCCCAAGUCUCAUUCGUCGGGACUCAUCUAUUAAAAGACUGCAGAUGUUAGCCGAGAAAGAAAUCCCCCAAAGUACUGGAGACCAAUUGGAAAAAUCAGUAAACCUAUGAGAGAAUCUGUCAGCAACUGAGAUUGUUGUAGUUUGUGUGUAUAGAUAAAAAAAACGUUAUGUAUAUUUUCUAAAAAACAAAAACAAAGCCAUUUUGAUAUCGGUGUAUUGCAAUAGUUACUUUUUAAUCAUGCUAAUGAGGUUCUUUGUAACUAUUAAAACAUAAAAUCUGA